GUAAGUGGAAAGGCAUCUCAACUGAACGAUAAUAUUGCAAGUAGGCUAUCAACUUUGCUUCACACUUAUUUUACUUAGCACUCUAAUUGUUCAUGAUUUAUGGUUUGCUUUUUUACCUUUCAUCAUGUCAUCCUGAAUCAUCAAUUUUGCAAAAGUACUCUUCAAUUACUGUACGUUUCAUAUUUAUUCAUGAAUAAAAACAUGCAAAGUAUACAAAAUAAUAGAAAGUAACAGGAUACUUGGUGAGGUGUGCCGUAAUGGGGGAGGUUUGUUAGGAUUUCCAACUAUGGUUAACUACGGUAUGUAGGUACUAGGAAAUACUUUAAUCCUUGUGAAAGUAUAAAAGAAACUCUUGAAACAAAGGUUUGCAAUUUUUAAGAUAUUUUUGUACCAAGAUGUUAAUCAAACAACUCUGGUAAUGCUCUACAAAUAGUGUAUUUUUGUACACUUUUUAUAAUAGCGAAAAUUUUAGAAGUUAAUUUUUAUAAUCAAAAAUUAAACUCGACUGAAGGUGCAUUUCAAACUAUAAAAAUCACCAAUAUCAAAUAGCCCACUUGGGAAUCAUAAUAGAUGAUUAUAAUAUAAAGUAGGAUGUAUUUAUAAAGUCCGUCUGUAGAAUAAUUAAUAUUUAUCAGAAUAAAAAUAAUUUAGAUGUAUGGUUAUUAUUACCGCUACGUUGCCUUUGACCAGUUGUCGCUGGAUAGGCUGUGUCAAUGUUGCUUAGGCCUUAUGUUUGAUCAGUGGACGGCCUCAGUCCCUUCGUCAUGGAUGAACUCUUCCACAGAGUAUAGUGGCUUGGAUGCCAGCCUACAUCUCAUCCUUAUCUUGAAGUCAGAAGACCCCAGCCUUCUUAUCUCCUCAGGCAGAAGAUUGAAGAACUUCAGCGCCAACAUUGGAAAUGAUCCCUGAGUCCUUGAAAGUCUACAUCUUGGGAUGUCAAGGUUCCUUGCUGAUCUGGUGUGGUGAUGGAAAUGUGUUUUUAAGAGUAAUAGAGUUCAUCAUGUCCAGAUCGACUCGAUCAAAAACCAUAGCAGCAUUGAAUUUGAGUGAAAAGUUUGGAUUCAAAGAGAAAGACAAAUUAGAUAGUGCCGGAUUAAAAUCUAAAGUUCAAAAGAGAAAAUUAGAUGAUGAUCCCAAAUCUGGAACUGAUAAUAAUAAGUCAAAGGCUGAAACUAAACCUAAACGUGGCAAGAAUCUUGAAAUAGAUGAAAAUGAAGUCAAGUUGAAUAAAGCACGCGAAUCCUCACUCAAAGUGGAAGAAACCAGUAAGGAUGAUGAAAAUGAAGUCAAGUUGGUGAAAGCAGGUAAAGCGUCUUCCAAAGUUCAAGAAAACUGUACGACCAAAAUUGAAGACAUUGAAGAUUGUUGUAACAUACCAGCAAGCCCAUCCAAAGAUUUGCAAGAAAAAGUCAAAUGGUUUCCUCACAACUGGGAAAAGGUACUGUCUAAUAUUCGAGAAAUGAGGAGUAGUCAAGAUGCACCAGUAGACGAUAUGGGAUGUCAUAAAACUAUGGAUCCAAAAGCCCCUCCAGAAGUUCAGCGGUAUCAUGCGCUCGUCUCUCUCAUGCUGUCAAGUCAAACCAAGGAUCAGGUGACCUAUGCUGCCAUGCUCAAACUACGAGAGCAUGGACUCACCGUCGAUAACAUACUGAAAACUAGCGAUCAUGAUUUGGGAAUGCUCAUCAAUACAGUUGGAUUUUGGAGGAGAAAAGUUGAGUACAUAAAGAAGACGUCAGCAAUUCUAAAGGAACGCUACAAUGGUGACAUACCGAACACUGUUGAGGGUUUAAUCGAAUUGCCUGGAGUUGGACCGAAAAUGGCGCAUCUCUGCAUGACAACUGCUUGGAACAAGAUACAAGGAAUUGGCGUUGAUACGCAUGUGCAUAGGAUUUCAAAUCGCCUGGGAUGGGUGCAGAAAGCCACUAAGACCCCCGAAGCAACUCGUGUCGCCCUGGAGUCGUGGCUUCCUCCGAAGUUCUGGUUCGAAGUGAACCAUUUGAUGGUUGGAUUCGGUCAGCAGAUUUGCAAACCUGUUGGCCCCAAGUGCAGUGACUGUCUUAAUAAACAACUAUGCCCGGUUGGAAGAACUUCUAAAGGGUCUCCGAACAAAAAGAAGAAGAGUGAAAAGUGAAAAAGGUUUCCAGAAUGUGUAUAUAGUAUUAUUUUUACAUCUAGAGAUAAAUUUUGUACAACUUUUUCUCUCUGAGGAGAACAUUUCAAAGAAAGUAUUGUAACUUAAUUAUUUUUUCAAUUCAAUAUCGAUAGAUACUGAUUGAAAACUGAAUGUGAAAACACAAAUUUAAAUAAAAAAAAAACUUAUGGAAACUUGAAAAACACUGAAUGUGAUUGACUAUGUUGUUGGUCUACAUAAUUUCAAUUGUUGCUUACUAUGAUAGAAAAUCUAAUGUUAUUGUAAGCUGAUCUAAAUACAUACUCCGGUUUUUGUUUAUAAUACAUUUUUAUAAUGAAUUCACAUUAAAUAUUUUGGUGAUUCAUCA